UUCUAGUUCGAGCCAGUGACUUGGCAAUCACCAAUAUUAGAUGAAAAAAAUGAAAUUCUCAACGUCUGAGAAUCUCUGCCGUCGAUUUUCCCUUGCUGAACUCAACUUAGCCACCGGAGAUUUCAGCAACGAGUAUGUGAUUGGAAAGGGUGGUUUCGGUAAAGUCUACAAAGGCUUCAUUGAUAAUGACUCAAUUGCUGUGGCCAUAAAGCGGCGGCUAGACUCAAAUUCGAGGCAGGGCCAAGCAGAGUUUGCAGCGGAAAUUGAAACACUAAGUAGGUUCCGACAUCGCAAUCUAGUCUCUCUAAUCGGGUACUGUAAUGAACAUGGAGAGAUGAUUCUUGUUUAUGACUACAUGUGGAAUGGAACACUCGCAGAUCACCUUCACAAGAUAUCGAGUGAUAGCAACGGCAGCUCAACUCUCUUGUGGAGUGAACGACUUAAGAUGUGUACUGGAGCAGGGCGAGGUUUGGACUAUCUACACUCUGGUUGCUCUAUCAUACAUCGUGAUGUCAAGCCUACAAAUAUUCUUUUGGAUGAAAAUUUCACAGCUAAGGUCUCAGAUUUUGGGUUGGCCAAACAUUUAGGGCAUGAUAUCUUACAGAGUAAUGUCUUCACAAACGUUAAGGGUUCAUUUGGGUAUUUUGAUCCAAGUUAUUUCACCACGGGUAUACUUACAAAGGGAAGUGACACUUAUGCGUUUGGGAUAAUAUUAUUGGAGGUAUUGAGUGGGAGACCCGCAGUUGAGGAAAAGCUUGCAGAGGAUGAGGCGUGUAUGAGCAUAUGGGCGCAAGAUAAAAUUCGAAAUGGAAAAGCUGACCAGGUUGUAGCUUCAAAUUUGAAGGGUGAAAUAUCAGAAGAUUGUCUCAAGACAUUUGUUGGGGUAGUUAAAAGAUGUUUGGAUCUUGAUCCGAAGAAACGACUCACAAUGAGUCGAGUUGUGGCGAAGCUUGAGUCAGCCCUUGAACAUCAUGAGAGGAAAGGGGCAGCAACACAAAAAUUUCAGCUUUGGUCAUUUUGGAAUAGAGUUACACCAUCCGGUUAUGGUGACGCAGGAUCAGCACCAAAUUAUCAAAAUGAGGUUGAAGGAUCACCACCAAAGGAUGAAAAUGAGGUUGAAGUUGAUAUGCUGUCGGAGGCCAUCCAUGCCAUUGCCAUGAAAAAAGAUGAUGUCCCUUUCAUUGUAUUCAGUGAAACAAAGGACAUGUAUGAUGAAUUCGGAGGACUCCUGGAAAAUGGACAGGAUGCAACAAUUGAAAGACUUGGCUACAUGCAGAAGCAUGAGUUUAUAGAAAAGGUUUCAGGAUCAUUAUCUUCACUGAAACAUGAGAACGUGGUCGAACUAGUUGUUUGUAAUCAGUAUCGCCAUACGCAGGUCUUGGGCCACUUUGCAUAUGAUUUUGCUCCACGAGGAUCCCUACAUGACAUUCUUCAUGGACACCGAGGCAUAUUAUGCUCAAGCCCGGCUUUGUCAUGGUUACAAAGAAUCAGAAUCGCUCUUGGGAUCGCAAGGGGAUUAUGCUACAUUCAUGAUCAGGAAUUGAUCCAUCAUAACAUCAGAUCCAGCAAUGUGUUACUUUUUGAUGAUGAAACAGCUAAAAUAAUUGAUCCCUUUCUAUGGACUCAAUGUUUCAAGUGUGCAGCAAUAUCAUCUGUGAAUGAGUGUCAUCCUAGUGUGUUGCAUUGCCACACUAAGAAAAUUGAUGUGUUCAACUUUGGUGAGAUUCUGGUUGAGCUCUUGACAGGUAGUAAAAUAGUUGAUAACACAUUACAAGCAGGGCACCUUGUGUCAUGGGAUCUACAACAGCUCUGUUCAGACGAGGUACACAAGAUUAUAUAUCCUAGAUUAAAAGCAGCCUAUCUACCCAAAGCAGUUAAGAAGAUGGCUAGAGUUGCUCAAUUGUGCCUUCUAGAACCUCAUUUCCGUCCAAAUAUGAGUGAAGUUGUACGAGAACUCGAGCUGUGCCUUUACUCUCUAAGAGUUUAAAUCAACUUUGAAUGAAAGCUGAAGAAAGUCGCCACCCGAAAUGAAAGAAUUUUUCUUAUAGAAAUGACAAUGUCAAUCAAACUAUAAAUUGGCGGACGUGUGAUUUGAAAUGAUGGAUUUCAUAAAUGAUUGCUGUAAAUGGACUCAGUAGUAUAUGGCUCAGAUUUUGGUAUCUCGUCAUUUAUCAUAUUUA